AUGGUCAGCAAAAAGAACCCGGGAAAGCGAAAGAAGGCAAACCACGUGCCAUUCGUUUUCCCAUUUGUUAACGCUUCGUCAGCGGCCAGCGAUUGGGAAGCCAGUUUUGAUGGCUUUGUACCUAGUGCAAGCCACUCCCCACAACACGACGAUCAAUCUUCGACUUCAGCCGAGCACAACUUGAACCCGGAGGAUCUGCAACUGAAACCAUAUGAUGACAACGACUACAUACCCGAUGAUGAGAAGGAUUGGAUGAAAUCGCAGUUGAAACGAAACAUUUGCUCCAUACAAUCGACAUCGGCUUGGAAUCCGCCAAGCGACUUCGACUUAUCGACUUUCAAACUGCGCUCAAUCAAGAUCGGAAAGGAGAGAUCACCAAGACGAACACAUGUUGAAGAAGAGACUUUUCGAAUCAACUACUCGUCUAUCGAGCCACAAUUGGAUUGCUUUGGAAACAUGGUUUUCAUGAAGGAUUGCGACGGAAAUCGAAGACCGAUGAAUUCGCAGUUCAUCGAGCAAACAAAAGAAAGGAUCAGAGAGCGAGUGGAAAACGCCGUCGAAGUUUUCAAGCAAGAACUGUCGACCGUCGAUAGUGAAUUUAUGAAAAAACUUCUUGCGGAAAUUUAUUACUUACGCGACGCUUGCUCGCAUCCACUUGGACCAUCCAUGGCAAAGUUGGCGACUAUUGGACUGCAAGAAACGCAAAGUGAAGGCCCCACUCCGCUCAAGCGAUCGUGCUUUAUUGAUUGGGCAAUUGGAUACAACGAUAUUCGUUUGUGCAGGAUAAUGGCCCCUUCCCAGGAGUUCUUUGCUUGUCAACCGGUUCUUAAGGUGCAAGCGGCCGAUCCGAACAACUGGAAAGAGGAAAUUGAAACUGAAAUCAAAAGAGUCACCAAACACAGCGAUAUCAGAUCAAAUUUACAAAGGGAACGCUUUGAGAUGGCUGUCCCGAAGCACAACUUCAAGGUUUGCAUAGGCACGGACUUCGAGGAGCUGAUGCAAUUGCAAACGACAAGGCUUCUUCACUCACUUGGAAGGGAAAGAGAAGAUGCUACGUCCACGAUGGUUACUUACUUGGAUCCAAAUCAAACACGAAGCAAGCUGUCACAAUUGGCCACCGAUAAAGGAAUUGAAGCGUUUCCCUGCCCGAAGGAGCUCAUCAUGGGCGACUAUUGUGUGCAAUCUCUUGCCACAGAGCAUGUCAACAUUCGUUUGCGCUGGCAAAAGCAGCCACCAAGACGAUAUUUUUUCGUUACGGUCAAAGAUCCCGCUUUUUUACGAUUUGCAAACGACGUGUUCAUUUUUCACAGCGUUGCGGCUGAGAUUACUUUCCGAAAACGUGGAGCCAAACAGUUGAAAGUUUUCCAUCCUCCUGGAGGCAUCAGAAAUCAGCCUGAAGCGCUGGAAUGGGUGCGUACACUUCUUAUACCGCAAGGAAUCGAAGUGGAGGAUGUCAAGGUGCCUUUGCACGAUCGACAAGAGCUUGACCUAGAAACGCAGAAUAGCUUGAGCCUCGUUCUCACCGAACACUUCAUCAAGUUAUUUCAAGACGAGUUGGAAAAGUUUAACAAAAAUCCUUUCGGUGAAACUUAUGAAAUGGGAAUAACGAAAUGGAUCAGAGUCUGCGAUGACAAGUCAGGAACGUUGAAUACAGACAGAAUUGCAGUUUGUGGAUGGCCAAAAAGUUAUGUGGACAGCGGAUUUGCCUACAUUCGACGAUUAUUCGAACCUAAGAUCAUUCAUGCGCAAACUAAAGAUGAACAAUGGUUAUUCUACGGCAUUGGCGCUGCUUGGCUACGACAGAAAUUGCAGGCAGAAAAGGAAACGAACAACCUGUUUUAUGAUGUGGACGCGACUCGACGAAGGAUAACAUUGUGGGGAUCUGAAACGAAACGAGAAGAUUUAGCCUUUGGAAUUCACGUUGGAAUAAAUAAUAGACUUUCUAUGGAAGUUGGGGCUGCUGUCAGCAUAGCUCCUCCGCGUUUCCCAAGGAAUUUCGAGCUCGUAGUCAAUCAUAUGGAUUGGACAUACGGAACAGAGAACGUGAGCGGCUUUGCGAAUUUGUUAAAAGGAGAUGCAGCUCCGAGAAUCGAUUUCAAGAAGGAAACAAAGUCAAUCUUGGUGCGCGGAAAUGUGGCUCAAUACGAGCAAUUGCUGCAUUUGUUGGAGGGUCUCGAUCAGGCUGUAUACGCUCAUUUUCGCUCAUUGGUAGAGGAUCCAAGUUUCCUAUCUAUGUCUUCGCGUCCGAUUUGUGGCAUUUGCUUAGGACCACUCAGUGACGAUUUCUACUGUUUGGAGCUAUGUGGGCACAUCUUUUGUCGGGAAUGCAUCAAUGGACAAGUUCUUCAUGGUCAACAUAGUCGGGACCGGAUGCCAUUCGUGUGUGCGAGUGAAAAUUGCGAAAAACCAUUCGCAGCGAGUGAUAUCAAGCGCUUACUUCUGGGUGCUGGCGGAGGGUUUACAUUGGCCGAUAGGGCUUGGUGGUGGGACUCUGAGAAGCUGAAGGUCUUCGUGCGUGCCGCGCUUGACCAACUCUUAUCUCGACCCGGGGCCAUGUACUUCAGUUGCCUUACACCGGAUUGUCAAGGACUGUUUGAGAAAAAGAAGGCUCCCCCAGGACUUCCUUGCAAUGGUACAAACAAGUGCGGGUCGUGUGGACGUGUUCAUUGCUUAUUCUGUGGAAUCGAGGAACAUCAAUUCAUCUCGUGCGACCAAUAUAAGGAAUUAAGAGAAGAUGCAGAUGUUUCUUUGAAAAAGUACAUGGAUCAACUGGGACGCACGAAGAUCACCCCUUGUCCUCAACAAGGUUGCUCGGUGGUGAUUGAGAAGACGGCUGGCUGCAAUCACAUGCAAUGCGCCAAGUGCAAAGUGCACUUUUGUUGGAUUUGCAAACACAUCGGUAAGAACGAAGGGGGAAUCUAUAAACAUCUCACUGAAGCGCAUGGCGGUGCUCAAGACGAUCCAUGGCGCUUCGAUGAAGGCGGAAACUUGAUUGGUGUGCCCGAAGGCGAAGAAGAAGCAUUUCUUCAUAAUUUGAUCGCCUUGCAACAGGGA